AUGCUGCCGCCUGGAGCACGCCAGCAAGGCUUCAGCUCGAUCAUGAGGGCCGAAUUCAACCCCGAAGUGACGACCCCAUUCGGUGAUGAUGGGCGGCAGCAGCAGGUGAGGCGGCGAAGGGUCAACAAUGAGACACCGGCAGCGCGCGUGCAAAGGCGAGCGGCGGCGAAAGCGACGGCACCAGCGGCAGCACCAGUGACACAGAACCCAGGGCCUGUGCAGCUUGGUCCAGAGUCGCAGGCGAUCGCAUUGGCAGGACAGAGCUCGCUCAUGGGCUCGAGCCAAUCUUCAGCAGGUCGUAGCUCCGCCCAAAGGAGCAGCUCUCUUCCUGUGCCGCCGGACUAUACACCGGCACCGAGCCGCGCUGGUCCCUCUGGGGUAGUUAUCAAUCCUGGAUUUGCGCAGUUCCCACGAGGAGGACGAGCUGGACGAAGUGGGCGAGAUGGACGAGGUAGGCGAGAUGGACGAAGUGGACGAGGUGGACGAGAAGCUCCUUCGCUUCAUCAGACUCCGAGUGCUGAUGAAGAUGAACUGGACGCUGAGACCAGUGCUGGCCAGGAUGCGACGCCUGGCAGCAGAAGGUCUACUGUGGGUGCGGUGGUGGGAGUUCAGGGUGUACACGUUGACUCUCACGCCACACCUCGUGAGGUUGAAUCGCAUCGGGAUACUACUCCCGAUUCGCGUCCAACCGGAGAACGCAGACGUGGAAAGACCCCGGUAUUUACAUCGGAUGGACUCCCCGUUCUGCAAGGCGAGGGCGUCGGGCUUGCUCUCGACGACCUGCCUGAGGGUGCAAUGGGGUCGUCGCCGCCUAGGUUGAGUCAGGCCGAUCGCCCUGGCUCGAUAGCUGGCCAGCAUUUAGCAGGAGAGGAACUGGAAGAGUCGGAAGAAGAGGCGGAACAAAUGUCUGAUGAGGAGUCUUCGUCUGUCCAUGAGGCCGCUUGCUUAGUCGCGACCCCUAACUAUGCAGCCUUGUGGAACUCGGGGCGUCAUAAAUCCUCUCGCUUCGCACUCGUGGCACGUGCCUUCAUUCAUGCGCGCGAGCUGGGCUGGACUACCAUGGAUGAGACAGACUUCAAGCAGACUGGCACGUCGAUCCUUUGCAGCAUCCCAGGACGCCAUGUGUUGCCGGAUCUUCUGGACGGCAAUCUUGCCGCAAGGGACAUGCGGGAGGGUGACCGCAGCCUCUUCUCUGCGGACUCUUCUUGGAUGGAUCGCUCUACAACGGAUGCUCCUUGCGUGUAUGUCGAAAUGAUGGUGGCCGUCGCGGAUGGUGGACACAUAUCGCGAAGACGUCUGUCGCACAUUGUCGAACUGCUGCGCCAGUACACCACAGUGCCGCGCAUCGAGGAUACCGAGGCGAUCGACAAUGCCGUCGCGAUCGACAACGCGUUCAAGAAAACCGGGAAGAAGACUGAGCGUAAGCACAUCCGGGCCGGAAGACACAAGUUCCUCUGGAAACCGGGUCAAGGGGGCGCUUUGGGUGUGCGUAGGGUGACACGGGUGGACAUCGUGCGUAGUUUUUGCGACGCGCUGGAGAAACGCGUUGGGCGGGCCAUAAAUACCCUGCCGUUGCAGUACUUUGGCAAUACCCUCAACUUCAGCAAGCGUGAGAAGGAACACACGCGCGAUGAACACUCAAGUUUCCUGAUGCAGCUGAUUCGACACGUGUGCGAAGCGUUGUGGCCUGGGGAGUGCUGUAUGAAGGCUUAUCCGGUGUUUUUUGCCUGCGAUGCUGGCGAGUCGAGAUUGGGUGAGAUUCUGCUGACGUUGCUAGGGCACGGUCUCGCAGCGUUGGGUACCGGCAUGAAUAUACAUCAGCCAGGUAUCAACAAUGCCACCGCGGACAUGAAUGACUGGCGUAAUGAAGACGCGGUAAAGCUGUGGCGGGACUGUACCAAUUUCAGGGACAAGGAGGGAAGCUUCGACGCAAACUUCGCUGUCGAAAGAGCUCUACUGAGUCGUGACGCCAAUCCGGGUGAGGGCAAUGCUGACGAAGAGGAAUUGGCGGAGAUGUUGAGGCAGAUUGCAGAGGAGGAGAAGGCGUUGAGCGAUAUGGUUGGAGAGGGGCUCCGAGAUAACCUGAACGACGAACGCGACAAGAGGAAUGCCGAGAUCGAUGCUAUCGAGGCGGAGCAUGGCGAGGCAGUGGCGGAGUUCAUGGCAGUUCUCAGACGUCGGGGUGAGGAGGACGAGGUCAUGGUGGAAGAGACCUGGGAGGAUUGGACUGCAAGGGUGAAAGGGUAUUUGUAG